UUAUUUCUGAAAUAACUUUAAUUGCAGGGAAGGAUCGUGAUUUAUAGCCUCCGCUCCUGCAGGUGUCGCUGACAGUCCGGGUGCAGCGGCACUCUACCGCUCCUCGCUGUUCGCGGAUCCAGUCUCUGCACGGCGGAGCGCUUGACCAACGUGUUAAACUGUCAGGCAAAACACGGGUUGAGAGAAGCGCGGCAGCAUGUCGGAAGAGCUGGAGGUGAUCUUGUCCCGGCUUGCGGAGCCCGACAGCAACGCCGUGCAGCAGGCUACAGCACAGCUGAAGGUGGCUUUCAAAGACCCAUCUGUGAUCCCAGCCCUGUGUGUCUUGAUGACCAACUCGCAGAACGCACAGAUCCGUCAGUCUGCUGCUGUCAUGUUGCGGAUCAGAGUAACAAAGCACUGGAGGAAAGUCGGCACUGAGCACCGGGAAAGACUGAAGGCAGAGGUGCUGCAGGCUUUCCAGAAGGAGACUGAACACGCGGUGCGUCACUCCCUGUCUCAGCUCAGCGCCGUCCUGGUGAAGCGCGAGUCACCGGACCGCUGGCCAGCACUGCUGGCCUUACUCGAUGAGUCCACUAAGAGCGUCAGCCCCGAGGACCGGCGGGUUGGCUUACUGCUCCUCAGUAAAGUGGUGGAGUCAAACCCGGAGCCGUUCAGGCCGCACUACUGCCAGCUGCUGGAGCUGUUUGGCACUGUGCUGGAGGACCUCGGUAAUCCCAGUGCCCUCUACUACUGCAUUCUGACGCUGACGGCCAUGACGGCGUACACGGGCACUGAGGAGAUGGCCCUGAUGCGGUCGCUUAUCCCGAAGCUGAUCGUGGCCAUUAGAUGCCUGAUACAGGCUGAUCAGGAUCAGGCCAGCGAGGCGAUGGAGGUGUUUGACGAGCUUAUGGAGAGUGAGGUGUCCAUCAUUGUCCCCUACAUCUCUGAAGUUGUUCAGUUCUGCUUGGAGGUGUCAGCUGACCCAGGUCUAAGCGACUCGCUCCGUGUUAAAGCUCUGUCCUGCAUCGCCUUCCUUGUUAGAUUGAAAAGCAAAGCGGUUUUAAAGCAGAAACUGGUGGGGCCCAUCCUGCAGAUGUUAUUUCCCCUGUUGAGUGCAGUGCCCCCUCCUGGCCAGGAGGACCCAGAAGACCAAGAGCAGGCAGUGGACGAUGACGGUGACAGCGAGAGCCCAAAACACUUUGCAGCUCAGGUUCUUGACACACUUGCCUUGCAUUUGCCACCGGAGAAGCUGCUCCCCCUGCUGGUGCCCCCCAUGGAGACCUGCCUGGCUAGCGGGAACCCAUAUGAGCGCAAGGCCGGCCUCAUGUGCCUGGCAGUGCUGGCCGAGGGGUGUGCCGACCACAUCCGCACCAAGAUGCUGUCGUCAGUGCUGCAGACCGUGUGCCGCUGCCUGUCCGACAGCAGUGUGGUGGUGCGCGGGGCGGCCCUCUUUGCCCUUGGCCAGUUCUCCGAACAUCUGCAGCCGGAAAUCAGUAAAUACAGCUCUGAGCUGAUGCCGCUGUUGCUGGGAUACCUGUCUGCGCUGGACCACACGAAGACUGGGCACAUCACCAAGGCCUUCUAUGCUCUGGAGAACUUCCUGGAGAACCUUGGGAAGGACAUCCAUCCAUAUCUGCCCACCUUGAUGGAGAGCAUGCUAUCUGCCCUGAGCAAGUCGCAGAACCUGAAGAUCCAGGAGCUGGCUGUCAGCUCAGUGGGAGCUAUUGCCAAUGCAGCAAAGGAGCUGCUGGCGCCGUACUUCCUACCAGUGAUUGAUAGCCUGAAGGGUUUCCUGACAGACACCCGGGAGGAGAUGAGGUCACUGCAGACGCAGGCAUUGGACACACUAUCAGUGCUGGCUCGCACUGUGGGUAAAGAUGUGUUCGCCCCCCUGGCGGCAGAGUGUGUACAGCUGGGCCUGAACCUCACUGACGCUGUGGACGACCCUGACCUGCGUAGAUGCACGUACAGCCUGUUCUCUGCUGUGUCCACAGUCAGCCCUGACUGUCUGACUUCUCACCUUCCAGCCAUUACCACAAUCAUGCUGAUGGCUCUGAAGUCCACUGAGGGAGUCAGGACUCACAUUGAAGAAGACAAGCAGUUUAUCCUGUUGGAUGAUGAUGAUGAAGAGGAGGAAGGUGAUACCAGUUUGGAGGAUGAUGAAGGACACGAGGAAGAAGGCAUAGACGUUGCGGGGUUCAGCGUUGAGAACGCCUACAUCGACGAGAAGGCCGAUGCUUGUGAAGCCCUGGGUGAAAUGGCCUUCAGCAUAGGCGCUGCAUUCCUGCCUUUUCUGGAGUCCAGCUUCCAGCAGGUCUAUGAGCUCCGUGAUUUCCCCCACGAAGAUGUGCGCCGGUCCGCCUUUGACGCCUUGGGCCAGUUCUGCAGAGCUCAGCACAAGGUGUGGCAGGGGGACCCCACUGAAGAUCACCAGCAGGCCUUGCAGAGGCUGCUGUCUGUGGUUCUCUCCUGUCUCCUGGAGGCCGUGAGGCAGGACCGUGAGAGACACGUAGUCAUGGCUGCUCUGGAAGCCAUGAAUGGCAUUCUCCAGUCCUGCCAGGGGGAGGCGCUGCAGGGUCCUGACCGGUUGACUGAGAUCUGCAGGACCAUCCGGGAUGUCCUGAAGAAGAAGAUCACAUGUCAGGAUGGAGGUGGAGAUGAUGACAAUGAUGACGAUGAUGAAGAUGACCAGCAGGCGGAGUACGAUGCCAUGCUGCUGGAGUUUGCCGGUGAAGGAAUUCCUCUUUUGGCAGCCGCUGCACCCGUGGAUGUUUUUGCCCCCCACCUGCAGGAGAUGCUGCCCCUGAUCAUAAAUAAAGCUAAGGCGUCCUGCACGGUGGCGGAUCGCUCCUUCUCUGUGGGCACGCUUGCCGAAAUCCUCCAGGCCCUGGGGAGGGUGCCAGGUGGCAGAGAGGUUGCAGGGCAGUUGGCUUCCCAGCUGCUGCCCGUACUGGUGGGCGGGGCCAGGGACGAUGACGCGGAGGUGCGCAGUAAUAGCGUCUUUGGGCUGGGGGCGCUGGCUGAGGCAGCAGGACCCGCAGUCCUGCAAGACUACCCAAUGAUGCUGGCCCUCUUCUCCUCCCUCCUGUCGAAGGAGGCGGAUGUGAGAGUCAUUGAUAACCUGUGUGCUGCCAUCUGCAGGAUGAUCAUGAGCAGUGCUGAGUCCGUGCCACUAGAACAGGUGUUUCCAGCCCUUGUCUCCCGGCUGCCCCUCAAAGAGGACCUAGAGGAAAACAAGACUGUGUUUGGCUGCUUGGCGUUCCUCUAUGGCCAACAGCCAUCCCUGGUCCUGAGCCACCUCACAGCCAUAGUGUCCGCGUCUAGCCACGUCCUGGGGUCCAAAGAUGUCGACACAGAAACUCUGAACACCCUGCUGGUAUUUCUACGCGAUGUCGUGGGGCGAAACCCCACGGAGUUUGAGGGUGCUUUGAUGUCACUUCCCCCAGAGCAAAGAGGAGGCCUAACAGCAGCUGUCACUCAGUCAUAGCUGCCAAUCAUAAUGCAGGGGGCGUUGCCCUUUGGGAAUGGCAGCACUGUCCUGAAGGCGACCCUUUCUCACUGUGAUCUGAAUUACUGUUUUAAUAGUACUGGAUUAGUGUGUACAGUGUCUGGUGAUGGUCUUUGAAGUUGAGUGAGGAAAAGUGGGAGAAUUUUCCUUUUAAAAUGCUCUUGACCCCCCUCCCCUCCCCCAUUUAAAUGUUGGCAGCAUUUUUGACUUUCCCUCCAUUGACAUUAAUGGGGGCAUUGGUAGGCGGGGUCUGAGUCUCCAGGUUGGGAGAAUAAUGACCCAAAUUCACUAAUAAACCAUUUCUGCAAA